AACUGUCCGACUCGUACAGGACGCACCUGAAGGCAGCAUCACAUGUAAACAUUUUGUAACAGAUCAUGGCUGCUCCGUUGGUCAGGAUUUUCUCAAAGACCUGCAGACAGAUCUCUCGACCAUGGGGGACAUGUCAGGCUGGAUGGAGGAGCCUGUCCAACAGACCUGCUCCGGACAUGUCCUCAGACCAGGCAGCUGGGAUGACCUCCUUUCCUCCCCUUCAAACGUAUUCAGAGGAGGAGAGCAUGAUGAGGGAGGCAGUGAAGAAAUAUGCACAGGAGCGAAUUGCACCGUUUGUGUCGAAGAUGGAUGAAAAUUCCGCCAUGGACGAGGAAGUGAUCAAAUCCCUCUUUGAACAGGGCCUCAUGGGUAUCGAGAUUGACCCGGAGUACAACGGCACUGGCUCCACAUUCUUCUCCUCCAUCCUGGUCAUUGAGGAGCUGGCGAAGGUGGACCCAGCCGUGGCCGUGCUCUGUGACAUCCAGAACACACUGAUCAACACGCUGUUUGCCAAACUGGGCACACCAGCUCAGAAAGAGCAGUACCUCAGCCGACUGUCAACAGACAUGAUUGGAAGCUUCUGCCUCUCUGAAGCAGAGUCGGGGAGUGACGCCUUUUCUCUGAAGACGCGUGCUGAAAAACACAAAGAUUAUUACAUCAUCAAUGGGUCCAAGAUGUGGAUCAGCAACGCGGAGCAUGCAGGGGUUUUCUUGGUAAUGGCCAAUGUGGACCCCUCUGCCGGAUACAGAGGCAUCACCUGCUUCAUCGUGGACAGAGACACCGAGGGUCUUGAGAUUUGCAAAAAGGAGAACAAGCUGGGCCUGCGAGCGUCCUCCACCUGCCCGAUCAACUUGGACAAUGUCAAGGUACCGGAGAAGAACAUUCUGGGACAGAUCGGUCACGGGUACAAGUAUGCCAUCGGAAUGUUAAAUGAAGGCAGGAUUGGAAUCGCUGCUCAGAUGCUUGGCCUGGCACAGGGUUGCUUUGACAACACCAUUCCUUACACCAGACAGAGGGUGCAGUUUGGAAAGCGAAUCUUUGACUUCCAGGGCAUGCAGCACCAAAUAGCCCACGUAGCAACACAGAUCGAAGCCGCUCGGCUGCUGACUUACAACGCCGCUCGUCUAAAGGAAGCUGGGAGACCUUUCAUAAAAGAGGCCUGCAUGGCUAAAUACUUCACUGCUGAGCUUGCAACACUAACCACGUCCAAAUGCAUCGAAUGGAUGGGAGGAGUCGGCUUCACCAAGGACUACCCCAUAGAGAAAUACUACAGAGACUGUAAAAUUGGUACCAUUUACGAGGGUACGACGAAUGUGCAGCUGACCACUAUGGCCAAGUUCAUAGAUAAGGAGUACGACUACUGAGAGCGUCCGACCACCGGAGCCUGAUAGGUUGCACUCUGCUGUGUCACACUCCAUUUUCCUUUCCUCAAAAGGACUUUGCUGUAGAUUGGCUUUCAUGUUUCUAGAAUUCUGGUGCAGUUUUUCAAUGUUUGUCCUGUGUUUCACCAACCUCUGCUGUUGUUAAAGGUGCAAUACGUUAAAAAAAUAAAAAUAAAAAAAAAAUAAAAAAAAUCAACAUCAUGUUCAAUGAUCUCUCAAAACAAAUGGGACAGCAUAUCAACAUGAGAGCGCCAACUGCUGAGAAAUGUAGAAACAAUUAGCUAGUUAGCUCAGUUAGCCGUGCAGCUGGUGGUCCGGAUUGUGAGCCUGGCGCAUGGAAGCAAUUGUUGUUGCUUAUACUGCGAGCACAUUCCAAACGGGACAGGCCAGGGCUAGCUGGUCAGCAUGCUAACUUUGUAAUGACAACAAACCGUUAUUUUGCUGAUGGUAGUUUAGUUUUUGGAUGUUUUCAACUACAAUUCUUACAUACUGCACCUUUAAGUCGUCCCCACUACUAAUGUUACUGAUGUGGUUACAUUUCCCUAACUUUAGAGUCAAAGUUGAUCAUCGGGUGUAUUAAUGUUUUUUUGUUUUGUUUUCAGAAGUCUAGGAAUAAAAAUGUCAUGUGGAGCUCUUAUCUCGCCUUCUGCAAAAUGACAUGUGGUGAUGAAUCAGAAUAACAUAACAGAUCCAUAUGUUGCAAUAUGAGAGAUUUCUUGAUUCUCUUUAAAUGUUUCAGUGCCUUCAGAAUGUCUACUUCUUUCUUCGUAGAGUACUCUGUUACACUCAUACAAUCCAUAAAUACUGUACAGUUCCUUGUCAGGAAAUUGAGGAAGUGAUUUCACAUGGUGUAAAGAAAUUACCUGUAAAGAACGACCUGUCAGUGACUUUGGCAAUAUCAAUAAAUGUAUGCUGUGGUGCAGUCAACCCAU